AUGUCAAAGAAACUUAUACUCUUCAUCGGUGGGACCGUAGAACUAGGUGCGCAAGGUAUUCCUGCAAUUAAAGCCCUCUUGUCUCCAGGAAAGGAUGGAGAACCAAGCCCCUAUGCAGUUCGAGUUGUUACUCGGGAUCCUUCUAACUGGCGUGCAGCGGAGCUGCAGAACUUGGGAUGCGAGUUGGUCACAGGUUCCGUCAAAGACUUACCAUCGAUUUAUAAUGCUCUUGAGGGAGUGUACGGCGCGUUCGUCAACACCGACGGCUUUACUAUUGGCGAAAAGGAAGAGCUGUUCGCUGCUUUCCGCAUUUAUGAACUCGCCAAGGAACGUGGGGUGAAGCAUUAUGUUUGGAGUAACUUGGACUACAUGUCAAAGAAAGGGAACUUUGAUCCUAAAUACCGUUGUGGCCAUUACGACGCGAAAGGGAGGGUUGCCGACUUCUUGAAGGCUCAACCAUCUGCAAAAACCGUAGAGGAAGGAACCGUGUGGUCGAUUCUAACCUCUGGUCCUUAUAUGGACAUGCUUCUGAACGGUCUCUUCCUCCCAAGGCGUCAACCGGACGAUUCACUCGUCUGGGACCUUCCUCUUGGUCAAGGGAAGUACUCUGGUGUCGAUCUCGAAGUAGCGUCCGAAAUGGUCUUGUUGGACGGCGCAGCCGCCAAGCUGCAGUCUCGCGCGGAGGCUAGUCCGCCUCUCGCCGCCUUC